AAAAAUAUGAAAGAUCACUAUCAUUAUCCUGUACAUAACUCCACAGUAAGUGUACCCUAAAAAUCUUAAAGGAAUGUCCUCCCAGAAACAAAGGGUAUUGUUUUCAUUUCUCUGCGUCUCCUGUUUUUCUCUCUUGUUUCCCCUAUUAUUUUUUCCCUUGAUCACCUUGAAGUCAUGUUUUCCUGUAUCAAUCUUGUGGUAUCUAUCAUGAGUCUUUGAUUGAAUUUAUGUAAAACCAGUUUAGAAAUUGAUCGAAAAAAAAUGCCUCCAAUGUAUUUUCCACUGAGGUGGGAAAGUACAGGAGAUCAAUGGUGGUAUGCAUCUCCAAUAGAUUGGGCAGCUGCAAAUGGUCAUUAUGAUCUAGUAAGAGAAUUACUUCAUCUUGAUAUGAAUCUUUUCAUAAAACUCACUUCUCUUCGAAGAAUUCGCCGUCUUGAGACUGUUUGGGACGACGAAGCUCAGUUUGAUGAUGUUGCUAAAUGUAGGUCUCAAGUUGCUAAGAAGCUGUUACAUGAAUGUGAAACUACUAAGAGUGCUGGAACUAAUAACUCUUUGAUUAGAGGUGGUUAUGGUGGUUGGCUUCUUUAUACUGCUGCUUCAGCUGGUGAUGUUGGUUUUGUUCAAGAAUUGUUAGAAAGAGAUCCUUUGUUGGUAUUUGGUGAAGGAGAAUUUGGUGUGACUGAUAUAUUUUAUGCUGCUGCUAGGAGUAAGAACUCUAUGGUGUUUAAGGUUUUGUUAGAUUUUUCUCUGUCACCGAGAUGUUUGAUAAGUAGUCGAGGUGAAUUGGAGCAAAGGCAGGAAAUGGAGAUUCCUUCGGUGUUUAAGUGGGAGAUGAAGAAUAGAGCUAUCCAUGCUGCUGCCAGAGGAGGGAAUUUUGACGUGUUGAAGGGUCUUGUUGAUGAUGGUUCUGAUGAUAUUUUGUGUUUUAGAGAUGUUCAAGGUUCUACUAUUUUGCAUGCUGCAGCUGGUAGAGGUCAAGUUGAGGUAGUGAAGGGUCUAGUGGCAUCUUUUGAUUUCAUCACCUCAGUAGACAAUCAAGGGAAUUCUGCAUUACAUGUGGCUGCUUUUCGGGGACACCUGCCGGUGGUAGAGGCUCUGAUAAUCUCAUCUCCUUUGUCCACCUCUUCAACCAACAACUGUGGAGAUACUUUUAUCCACAUGGCCGUGUCUGGAUUUAGAACUCCUGGUUUUCGAAGGUUGGACCGACAAACUGAGCUCUUGAAGCAGUUGGUCUUGGGAAAGAUUGUUAACAUGAAAGAUGUAAUCAACAUCAGGAACAAUGAGGGAAGAACUGCUCUUCACGCAGCUGUUGUUGGGAACAUUCAUGGCAAUUUGGUGGAACUCCUGAUGACCAUUCCAUCAAUUGACCUAAAUAUCCGUGAUUCAAGUGGCAUGACUCCGUUAGAUCUCCUCAGACAACGACCACGAUCUGCAUCGUCUGAAAUACUUAUCAAGCAAUUGAUUUCAGCUGGGGGUAUAUCCAAUUCACAGGAUUAUAUGGCAGCAAGUUACAUUGUUUCUCACUUAAAGAUGCAGGGAAUUGGUAGCAGUCCAGGAACCUCCUUUAGAAUUCCCGACACUGAGAUAUUCCUGUACUCUGGCAUUGAUUUACCUGAUGCUGGUCGGGAUCAAGUCAACAGCGCAAGACCAAGUGCUUGCUCGAGUGAAAUGAGUCACGAGUCAGUUGUCGAUAAUCGUAUUUCGAUGGAUAGUAAAAAGCAAGGUUCUAUGAAUAAUGCAGCAAGACGUUUAAAGAUUCUCCUCCAAUGGCCUCGACGAAUGGAUAAGAAAUCUAAUGGCACGAGAAAGUUAAGGGAUCAGAUUCUGGAAAAGUGGAGUGAUUCCGACGAAACUCCAACCCCACUACGACAGCGAUUCUCGAAAAAUUCGUCCAUUCCCAACAAUAAAAGGAUUCUUUCUGUGAGAGGUAGUUCUCCUAGUCCGUCCACCAAGAAGAAAUACACCGCAGGUCUAAUGCACGGUGUAAUUCAGGCCAUACCCCAUUUAUCAGCACAUUCUCGAUCACCCUCUAGUUCAUUCUCAAGGUCAUCGAUAUCAUCUUCACCAAUUUCCUCAUUAGAUAAACAGAAGGGAGUUUAUACUGGAAAUGGAAUCGACUGUGCAGGACCUUCUUAUUCGAAUCCAUCGUUUAAUAUUAAAACACAAGAAACAACUAGGAAAUCAACCUCUAUCAGUAAGAAGAAGAUCAACCAGUAUCUCUGCUUUGGUGCACAAGGACUUACAGUGGAAGAGAAAGUUAACCGCCAACAACCAAGCGAGGGUUGCAAGAGAAGGAUAGUGUCAGUAGCAUGAUCGAAGUAUUUCAGGUUUGUUACUAUUAAUUGUAAUUGUUGAUUAGAUUAUUGCAGUUAAUUGUAAUUCUUGUUGUUUGGGUUGUAUAAAUAAUUGUAUAAACGAUCGACUUAAGUUCAGUGAUGUUUAACUGUAUAUUGUUCA